AUGAGGCUGAGCCGUGCAGAGCCGCCGUUGAGGAAAGAGGUAGUGGAGUAUAUGCUAGAUGUGGGCUCGAACAUGUGGAGCAUAAGAAGAAGCAAAGCUAAUCAUUAUAGAACUGCUGGGAUCCUAUCUGGCAUCAUAGCAUUUUGCAAAUUGUUUGAUCAUGUCUCCACUUGGAAGAAUCCUUUCGUUACAAUUCUUGUACACAUUUUGUUCUCGACAUUAGUCUGUUUUCCAUGGAUAAUUUUAAGCACUAUAUUCCUACAUAUUUUCUUAAUUGGAACAUGGAAUUACCGAGGGAGACCUAGACAUCCUCCUCACAUGGACAUUAGGCUAUCUCAAGCCGAUACAGCACACAUGGAUGAACUAGAUGAAGAGUUCGAUCCUUUCUUCCCAACUUCUCAAAAGCAUAGUGAUGUAGUGAAAAUGAGAUACUAUAGGCUAAGAGUUAUUGCCUCGAGGGUUCAAACUGUUGCUGGGGACUUGGCUACUCAGGGGGAGAGGUUUUAUAACCUAUUAAGUUGGCGAGAUCCUAGAACUAUAUCUAUGUUCCUUAUCUUCUGUUUGAUUGCUUCUAUCGUACUGUAUGUAACACCUCCCAAAGCUAUUAUUAUCAUCAUCGGGUUUUAUGCGAUGAGGCAUCCUAGGUUUUGCGAUCAGCUUCCCUGCUAUCCGUUAACAUUCUUGAGGAGAUUGCCUGCAAGAACUGAUAGCCUGUUGUUAGGAACUCUUUCUUUGUUCCCUCAUUUUAUUUUAUUUUUAAAGAUGGUUUUCUGCAAUAGGUGCAAGCUUUUGGGAUUGCUUUAUUCAUUUGUUGCUAAGGAAGCUUGGGACAUUCUACAUAAGGAGUUGCAGAUGGAUGCCUCGAAUACUGCUGCACAGAAGGUUGAUGAUGCUCCAAGGCCGGAACCUAUGCUAAGCUCUUUUUCAACUUCUUUAAUCGAGCAUGGAAGUACACCUCUCGUGGAGAAACCCUCUGAUGACUUCUUGCACUCAAAAUCUAACAUCGAACCUACGCAUCUCUUGAAGGUUGAAGGCACAUCAAAGCCCGAGCCUAUGUUGAGCAUCCCUGAUACAACUCAUCUGGACGAGGAAGGAAUUACACCUCUUUUGGAGCUUCCCUUUUAUCACUUGCAGCUCUCAAAAGCUCACGUGGGACCUACAUAUCAAAUGAGCUUUCCACCGAGUUUGGAUUCUAGACUGCCUUCUACAACAGUUCCAGCGAUCAUAAAAUGCUUUGGCAAAACAUGGGAGGUAAAAUUAUGUGGGGAUACUACACCAAAAGGCUUUGAUUCGACUUGGAGAAAGUUCGUGGAUGAUAACAAUUUAGUGGUUGGUGAUGCACUAAUUUUUGAGCUCUUGGAAAUCAGCUUUGUAAAAGUAAUGUUUAAAGUUCAAUUUCUAAGAUGUGCAAUUCCACCAGAUGUGCUAGAAGUGAUAAAUAAGAGUAGAGCUGAACGUCAAGUGAUCACUAUUGAUGACGAGUAG